AUGUAUGCAUUGACUAUUAGUGUUGAGGGUGACAUUUACCUGAGUGUACCGCCCGACCCGGGUAUUGGGACCAGUGAGGCUGCAACUCUAGGUGCUAGUGCGUCUGCUGCUCUAGGUCCUGGUGAGGCUGCUGCUCUAGGUGCUAGUGCGUCUGCGUCUGCUGGUACUGCAUCUACUGAGGCACUGCACACCUUCAUACUGGACUCAGGUGCUUCCCGCUGUUUCUUUCGCGACCGCACUGCCCUAGAGCAGCUUCCGAGACUGGUUGCUGUCUCCCUGGCUGACCCCUCAGGGGGUCCGGUCCUUGCGACCUCCACCACUGCCCUCCCUUGUCCUCCUGUCCCGUCUGGCACGCUGUCGGGCCUCUACCUCCCCUCAUUCUCUACGAACUUGGUGGCGGGUUCUGCGCUCCAGGACGCGGAUGUUCACCAGUUCACCCCUGCCUACGAGCGUAUGACGCACUGCACGUGUGCCCAGGCGGGUCGUCACCUGGCUACCUUCACUCGGCAGCCGGGGUCGGACUUGUACACACUGACCACUGAGUCCCCUCAGGUAGUUGCGUCCGCGUCUACGUCAGGUCAGCUGUCGGCCCCCUGCUCGUGUCGCUCCCUGUCGCACCGGACUGUCCUCUGGCACCACCGCCUUGGUCACCCGUCAGUGCAGCGCCUUCACGGCAUGCACUCCAGGUACCUUGUCUCUGGUCUUCCCAGGGUUCUCCCUCCCCUCCCACCGUCGCCUGCUCCUCCCUGUCUUCCCUGUGUCGAGGGACGGCAUCGCGCCGCUCCUCACUCUUCCUCUUUCCCUCCCACAGAGGCUCCCCUGCAGACUCUCCACCUGGACGUGUGGGGCCCCGCCCGCGUCCGGGGACAGGGCCACGAGUGGUACUUUAUGCUGGUCGUCGACGACUACACGCGCUACACCACGGUCUUCCCCUUGCGUACCAAGGGUGAGGUCCCUGAUGUCUUGAUCCCCUGGAUCCGCGCUGCUCAUCUCCAGCUCCGCCAGCAGUUCCAGUCGGACUUUCCUGUCCUGCGUCUGCACUCUGACAGAGGAGGUGAGUUUUCCUCUGACCUCUUGGCAGCCUACUUUGCGGAGCACGGCAUCCGCCAGACGUUCACUCUCCCGGCCUCUCCGCAGCAGAAUGGGGUUGCUGAGUGCUGCAUUGGUCUAGUCAUGGAGGUCGCUCGUACCUCCAUGAUCCAUGCGGCUGCCCCCCAUUUCCUGUGGCCGUUUGCAGUGCAGUACGCCGCGCAUCAGCUCAACCUCUGGCCCCGUGUCUCCGCUCCGGAGACCUCGCCUACCCUGCGUUGGACGGGGGAGGUUGGCGAUGCGUCGGUGUUCCGAGUCUGGGGAUGUCGAGCCUUUGUCCGCGAUACGUCCGCGGACAAGCUCUCCUCCCGUGCCGUUCCUUGUGUCUUCCUUGGCUUUGUCCCUGACGCGCCUGGCUGGCAGUUUUACCACCCCACCUCGGGCCGUGUCUUCGCCUCUCAGGACGUCACGUUUGACAAGUCGGUACCCUUUUACCGUAUCUUCCCCUACCGCACUGCCCCGCUCCCCCCCCCGCCGCUCUUCCUCACCCCAGGUGUCCCGUCGGUAGACCCCCUCCCUCCCCAGGGUGCUGCUCCAUCAGGUGUUUCCCAGCUAGACCCAGUCGAGCCUGUCGAGGUAGCUGUUGACUCUGGUCCUACGCGAGGUGUUGAGCGUGCUGAGCCUGGUGGUGCUGGGUCUGGGGGUACUGAGACUGGGGGUGUUGAGCCUGGGGUUGCGGAGACUGGAGGUGCUGAGCCUGGGGGUGCGGAGACUGGGGGUGCUGAGUCUGGGGGUGCGGAGACUGCGGGUGCUGAGCCUGGGGGAGCUGAGCCUGGGGGUGCUGCGACUGGGGGUGCUGAGCCUAGAGGAGCUGAGGCUGGGGGUUCUGUGAGUGACCGUACUGCGCCUGUUGGCGCUCCCUCUUCACAGCAGCUGCGUGAGUGGUACUCCCAGAGUUACAGCCUCCGUCGUGGGGCUACUGGAGCUCGGGGGUUUGCUGGAGUUGGGGCUGGUGGCCCUACAGGUGUAGUGUCGCAGCCGGAGCCUCCCUCCUCUCAGCGGCUACGUGAGUGGUACGCUCGGCGCUGCAGCCUCCGUAGUGGAGCUCCUGGUGUUGAGGUGCCGCCCGCUGGAGGCCCUGCUACUACUGGAGGUCCUGGAGGUGCUGGAGGUGCUGCUGGUGCUGGUGCUGCUGGUGCUGGUGCUGCUGGAGGUGCUGCUGGUGCUGCUGGAGCUGAUGGAGGUGCUGCUGGUGCUGCUAGAGGUCCUGGAGCUACUAGAGGUGCUGCUGGUGCUGGUUCGGCUGGAGGUUCUGGUAUUGUCUCUGCUGCUUCUGGGGGCACUUCAUGGCCGAGGCCGUACUUCGUUCCGCUCCUUCAGCAGGUUCUUGGUCAGCCGCCUCCUCCUGGUCCUCCUCCCUCCUUAGAGUGUCCUCCGUCUGUCCAGUCGCAGUCACAGCUACCGCCUGCCUCGCCACUUCCAGGUCCUUCUCCUUACACUAGUCCGACAGGCGGUCUUACAGAGCGUCGUGAGCCGGAGUCUCGCCCUAAGUCGCUUGAGUCUCGUCCUAUGUCACCUGUUCGUACUGCUCGCACUAGUCGCCGUGUUCCGCGUGAGCGUCCUUUGCCUGUCCCUGGCACCCACUACAUGACUCUGCGUCCUUCCACUGCUCCACAGCGUGUCCCACUGCCGUCUCCUCCUGCGUCCUCUCUUCAUGUCCUUGCUGACCCGGAGUCUGACUCUUUUCGUGUUGCCAGUCCUACUGUCACGCGUCUCCUGGCUACUGCUGUCACUGACCCUUCCUUUGAGUCUGCUGCUGCGUGUGCCCUAGUUGCUAAGUUUGUCGACUUUGCUGAUCGCUGUCGUCUAGACUACGCCGCGAGUCUUGUUGCUGAGUCUGAGUCCGUCCGUCCUCCGUCCGUCGGGGACAUCCCGACCCCACGCUCUUACGCUGAGGAGAUCGCGGGUGAGUACUCCUCUCAGUGGAAGUCAGCCAUGGACGCAGAGGUGGCAUCCUGGAAAUCCACUGGCACUUACGUUGACGAGGUUCCCCCUCCUGAGGCGAACAUCAUCAGUGGCAUGUGGAUUUUCAGGGUGAAGCGGCCGCCAGGUUCUCCGCCUGUCUUCAAGGCUCGUUACGUUGCUCGAGGCUUCCGUCAGCGAGAGGGAGUAGACUUCUUCCAGACCUUCUCCCCCACCCUGAAGAUGACUACUCUUUGGGUGCUACUGCACAUUGCAGCUCAGCGUGACUACGAGCUUCCCUCUCUUGACUUCAGCACAGCUUUCUUGCAGGGCAGCCUGCACGAGGAGAUCUGGCUGCGCCGCCCUCCUGGCUUCACUGGGUCGUUUCCUCCUGGUACCCAGUGGAGCCUCCGGCGGCCGGUCUACGGUCUCCGCCAGGCGCCACGAGCAACAUAG